AUGUCAAGCACAAAAAAACCCUUUAGGCUCAAGUUUGUUCCUGAGCAAGUGUUUACCGUUGCGGAGAGUCCUUCGGGCUCAGGAUGCGGAAAUGGCUUUGGUUCAGGUCCUGGUGAACAGUACUGCUAUGUAUGGUUAUACGAGCCGCCACCAGGCCUCUUUAAUUGGCUUGCAGGAGCUGGUCUUUUGAUUGGCAUUAUUCUUUGUUGCCUCUUUCCUCUUUGGCCUCCGCAGCUACGGCUUCUCGCUUACUACCUCCUCCUAGUAGCCUCUGGUCUUCUCGGACUUAUCCUUCUCAUUGCGCUCGUACGUGCAGUUGUCUUUGCCUUUGUAUAUUUAGCCACCCUGGGCCGUCGACGGUUCUGGCUUUUGCCCAAUUUCUUCGCUGAUUGUGGUUUCAAGGACUCAUUCAAACCGGCUUGGAGUUGUACAAUUAUCAAUCCUAACAACAACUUAUCCAGUUCUACAGAUGCCUCCGGGUCUUCUACAGACAAGUCGCCUCAAUUUUUAACUGAUGAAAUUGGGACUGGGUGCCAGGAGAUACAGUACCCUUCAGAUAAAAAGACGGACUGA